GGAAAUAAGAGAGACAGAGGAGAAGAAAGAGAAGCCAAGGCUGGUGUCUGUGAAUUUGCGAUUCGGUUUGAAGAGAUCGCUCACUCGGGGGAAAUGGAUUCUGUAUCAAGGCUGACCAGCGUUUUGACUUUGGUGCUCUCUGGCUUGUGGCAUUUAGGAUUAACAGCAUCAAACUACAACUGUGAUGACCCAUUAGCAUCCCUGCUCUCUCCAAUGGCUUUCUCCAGCUCCUCAGAUCUCACUGGAAGUUCCAGCCCAGCUCAACUGAACUGGAGAAUGGGAACUGGUGGUUGGUCCCCAGCAGAUUCCAAUGCCCAGCAGUGGCUCCAGAUGGACCUGGGGAACAGAGUGGAGAUUACAGCUGUGGCCACGCAGGGAAGAUACGGGAGCUCUGACUGGGUGACGAGCUACAGCCUGAUGUUCAGCGACACAGGGCGCAACUGGAAACAGUACAAGCAAGAAGACAGCAUCUGGGUAGGAAAUACUUUGUUCUUCCAGUGA